GAGGAAGCAGGAGCUUGUUGUCAGAGUGGGGACGAACUUGGGUCGCCUUGGUUCGCAGAGCGGUCCGCCUUACUCUUAGGUAACGCCGCUAUGCUGCCGUCGAUGCUGUAGAGUCGCCGUUAGCCUUUAGGCAACGAACUCUUGCCGCCAAGGAAUACUCGAAGCUCAUGAUAGAGAAAGAAAAAAAGAGGAAGCGAGACGGUGCCAUGCCAUGGUCAUGAGGCGGAGCACAGGCUGUGUGUCUAACACUGCCACCUCAGUUUCCCAGACGGCUCACCCUGGGAAUGACCAGACGGCCACGUUGGGGGCUAGUCAGCCCAAGAAUCAGCCCGGGUGAACAAGCCACCCUUGGGUCCUGUGGCAGAGCCGAAAGUUGAAGAUGUCAAGCCGCAUUGGAAAUGUCAGGGUGGCAAAAUGACGAAGAAGGCCUGGAGAAAGGGGGCAGUGGCAUCGGUGCUUCUUUAUGUUCUGAAAUAUCCAAUAUUUGUUGAACUCAGCGUCAUCUUACUCACGGAAGCCCACAAGCGGGGUUGCGUUGUUGGAAUUCCAGAGAGGUUGGACUCGCCAACCUGCAGAAACAUCCCCUCGAGUUCGACCAUUCUUCAUAACCAACGGGUCUCUUCAUCUCAGCAAGAAUGCGCCGUUAGACAACGAUUGGCAAAACUCAGUCAACCUUGGGUGACGGCGCCGGCUGUGCGCGCAGCAUCAGCCACAAGCGCAAAGAAUACGAGAUCUUGCAUUGUCCCAUUGCGAAAGGUUGAGACGAUGGAUAGAAGGGCAUUCGACGGUUUAUGCCUACGGACACGGAGCACGGGGUGGCAGCCAGCUCUCUCCACAUCACCUACGAGCCCCGGGAGCCGUGUGAGACUGGCUGGUUGGAGAAGCCUACGGAGUACGGGGCAUGGAGUACGGAACUCGAUUCUUCGCAGUGUGGGAGUGGGCGUUCUGCUACCUGGGAAUGCUGCGCUGCCCCGCUCACACAUUGCUUUUCCCUCUGUGCCCCCCAGCAUGCCUUGCAGAAAGACUCGCAGUCACCAGUAUCACAUCGCACGGGAGGCGUGAUCUACCGUCAAUCCGGCCUGCGUGAGCAAACAAGUUCGCAGAUGAGCUACAUCACUGCAUUCAGCCAUGAAGGUUCU